ACCAAUAAAACCCGACAAACAUGGUGUGGACUGUUUACUUUCGAUCAACAGGAAAAGUAGGAACACGAAGGUUCCCAGAAGGCAAUAGCUCCAUUCAGAUUUUUGUGUAUAAAAUAAGUUCGCCUCUCUGUGGGAGAGAGAGCACCCAGGACCAACCAUGGCUGCCGUAGGAGGAAGGCUGCUGCUAGUGUCGGAUUUCUUUAUGUCGUUCAUGUGGGUUUGGUCUAGCGUGCUUAUCAAGAUUUUUGUGUAUAAAAUAUUGGGCUAUGGCACCCAUGAUUUGAAGGGUGAAAUUCUGAGGUAUGGAAUCUCCCUUGUCAACAUGUUCUUCUUUGCAUACUUGGCCAAAGCCACCAAGGGUGGGGCCUACAACCCCCUCACCAUCUUGUCCUCCGCCAUCUCUGGGGAUUUCAGCAAUUUCCUCUUCACUGUCGGGGCCAGAAUUCCUAUCCAGGUCUUGGGGUCUAUUUAUGGAGUUAGGUUCAUUCUCGCGGCAUUUCCUGAAAUAGGACGUGGGCCACGUCUGAAUGUUGACAUAGCUCGAGGUGCAUUGACUGAAGGUCUUUUGACAUUUGGGAUUGUGAUUAUAUCCCAAGGGCUCUCGAGAAAAAUUCCCGGAAGUUUCUUCAUGAAGACUUGGAUCUCCAGCGUCUCAAAGCUCACUCUUCACAUUCUCGGCUCUGAUCUGACUGGAGGAUGCAUGAAUCCAGCCUCUGUAAUGGGGUGGGCUUUUGCACACGGAGAACAUAUAAGCAAGGAGCAUUUAAUUGUGUACUGGCUUGCUCCUAUGGAGGCAACUUUGGCAGCAGUGUGGGCAUUUAGACUGAUAGUUCGGCCCAAGAAAGACGAGACACUAAAGGCGAAGUCCGUAAAAUCAGAUUGUAAGAACAGUUGAUCAUUGUGUGUACAUAGAAUUUGUAGGAAUAUUGAUGCAGUUAACUUGUAAAAUUUGCUUGCAGAAUGAUAUAUACAUUGCUGAUUUGGGUUCAAGGCAAUUUUAUUUCCAUUAAUCUCUCUCCCUCUAACUCACAGCGCACGCGCGCAAGGGCUGUAUAAUUACGUGGAGGGCUUGGGAUGAAUGAUUUUAUCGAUUUCAGAAAUUCUGGGUUCA